CUUUUUUUUAAUUAGAAAAUCCAUCAACACUUAAACAGCAGAGCAUUUGGUCCCUGUUGUGUUGUCUCUAAUCCUCCGUCGCUUAAGAUCCUGCAGCAGUUCUGUGUCCCGACGAGGCGACGGCGAGUGAUCACAAUUCCAGCAACAAAGAAGUUUCCCGGCCUGAGGUGUACCGUAUUUGCAAGACUCAUAGUUGGGAUCUUGUUUCAUGGCCCAGAAAGAGGAGCAACCACCGAACAGGGACGAGCUUGCCGAGUCGCUUAACGAAUUCUUCACCAGCGUAUCCGAAAUGAUCAAAUCGGACCUUCUUGGAUCAAGUAAUCAGCUGGCACUUUUAGAGAGAAUGAACCUCAGGGUGGCAGAAGAGUAUAAAGGCUUUGGGGAUGUGGCUUCUGGAAUGAGGGUUUUUGUGGAGCAACUAAAAUCAAAGAGUGGUGGGUUUGAUGAGUAUAUACACCAAAUUGAGAAAAUAGAACAUCAGGUGACUGAAUUUGAAGCUGUAAUUUCAAUGCUUGAUAAACAUGUUUCCAUGUUGGAGUCUAAAGUGUUGUCUGUUUGUCAAAACACGCCUUAAUGUAUAAAUUUGUUUUUUCACCUUCAAAGUUGAGAAUGGUUCUUUUCUGAAUUAUGUUUUUGCUUCUGCAUUGCUUGCCCAUUGUUGAAAUCUUUUAUGAGAAUUCAUUGGAAGUUGAUGGCUA